CGCAUCAGGUGCGCACCAGGAGAGACUCCAAGACGCGCAGCAGCGAGACAAUGCAUGCUUUACAGCGAAGAAAGUACUGUUGUUUAGAAGUGUUACUAAUGUGAGGCGUAAGAAAAAGUAAAGGGAUAUAGCGAAAUCUUGAGUAAGACGCAAGAAAGACAAGUGUGUUGAGGAGCGCGCAUGGAGACGCACCGGACAACAAACCUUUUCCCCUAAAACCUCUGCACAGACCUCAUUGAGAUCAUUUUCAAGUUAAUAUAUAGGAGGAAGAAUACAUCAUGAACGACUCGGAGUCUGGGUGGCUCUUGGGGGAGCAGUGGAACCGCAGCAGAGCGGAGGAAGAAGGGGAGAAACUUUUCGGCAUCGGCGCGGAUAUUUUCAUAACGCUGCUGGUGUUUGGACUCAUCUUUAUGCUCGGUGUGCUGGGCAACUCCAUGGUGAUCACCGUGCUGGCCCGGAGCAAACCGGGGAAGCCACGGAGCACCACCAACAUCUUCAUCCUCAACCUGAGCAUCGCAGACCUGUCCUACCUGCUCUUCUGCAUCCCUUUCCAGUCCGUCGUCUACAUGAUGCAGUCCUGGGUCCUGGGCGCAUUCAUUUGCAAAUUCAGCCACUAUAUUUUCACCGUGUCCAUGCUGGUGAGCAUCUUCACCCUGUCUGCCAUGUCCGUGGACCGAUACAUUGCCAUUGUGCACUCCAGGAAGUCCUCCUCUAUCCGGGUGGCGAGGCACGCGCUGAUUGGGGUGAUGGUGAUUUGGAUACUCUCCCUGGUCAUGGCUGCGCCCGUCAUGUACUACCAGAAAAUCUUCCGCAUGGGGGAUAAUCAAACCUACUGCUGGGAAGAUUGGCCAAAAACUCUGAAGAAAGUAUAUGUGGUGUGCACGUUUAUUUUUGGUUAUGUGUUGCCUCUGCUGCUGAUUUCCUUCUGUUAUGCAAAGGUUUUAAAUCACUUGCACAAAAAACUGAGAAAUAUGUCCAAAAAGUCAGAGGCAUCAAAGAAAAAGACUGCUCAGACGGUCCUGGUGGUGGUGGUGGUGUUCUGCAUCUCUUGGCUCCCUCACCACAUCGUCCACCUGUGGGCGGAGUUUGGGGAAUUCCCGCUGAACCAGGCCUCCUUCGUGUUUCGCGUGGCCGCCCACUGCCUGGCGUACAGCAACUCCUCUGUGAACCCGGUCAUCUAUGCCUUCCUGUCGGAGAACUUCAGGAAGGCCUACAAGCAGGUGUUCAAAUGCCAGAUCGGCACCAGUGACUCCCCGCUCAACGACCUCAAAGAGAUUCGCAGCAAGGCGGACACCCCACCCUCGACUAACUGCACCAACGUCUGACAUAGGAGGUGGGGAUGGUUGGCUCAAAUUGAAUACCUACCAUCCCACUGAAACUCAAUGUAAAGUCAUAAUGAAAGAGCCAUAGGACAUGAGUUGGUGUGUGGACUUUUUGCUCUAGGUAAGUGUGGUUGCUUGGAUAUUGCUGCAGCUAUAUUGUUCCACAUAAGCGCUGUUCAUUAUUGUACCAGAGGAGAUGAAGCCACUGUAGCUGCAGGGCAUGAUUACUCCGUCUUUGAUCAGUGUCUGUGUCUCUCUUUCAUAAUAAACUGCGGAGUCCUUCACCCACAAAAUAACCCUCUCUCUAAAUAAAACUGACUUUGAUUGGAGACAGAAUUUACUAAAGGUCAAAAUACAAUACCUAUGAGGUUGUUUUACUUUCGGACUUCAAACAUAUUGAAAAUGUAAAUUGGCAGUCUUCUUUCAAGAUUAUUAUUGCAUUGUGUAGCAUCAUCAUCUGCUGAAGUACAACUGUUGUUGGUCUUUUCUGUGUGAAGAACAGCAUUUUGGGCAUUACACUAGGGCACUGCUCCUACUACUAGACUCCUGGUACUAGGAUGGGUUAAAUGCAGAGGCCAAAUUUCACUGUGUGUGCUGUGUGCUCUGCAUGUGUGACCAUUAAAGAGGGUUUCAUCCCUCCCAAUUCUUCUUAUUGUUCUUGUUCUUGUUCUACUCAGUGAGCUUUUACAGAAUUGUGUUCUUUGAGGUAUGAGUAAGAGAUUACAACUUGAAAUUCAGAAAAUACAUUUACUAAACCCAGUAACAAAAUUGUGUUUGAACAGGACUACAGACGCUGGUUUCACAGAGUUAUGACUAUAGAUAUAACUAGUAGUUGGACAUCAGGUAGGUGUCUAAAUUCAUCCCUUGGAUAAAGCUGUUUAGUUGUUGACUCUUUUAAAAAGGCCACUAUCGACUUUCCAUCAACUCUGGAUUAAUUAAGACUUAAAAACAUAGCUGCCCGAGAAACCAUUGCUGUGUCUCAAAUCGCAUACUUCUGUACUUACAAUUGCUGUUUUGUAUAGGUGCGUCCCAAUGCAAAGUAUGGCAAAAUGCAGUUUACUAUGAGUACCUGGAAUGUUAAAAUGUUGUUAGUGUGGAACGCUGGACACUUCUCGACAACAAUCUCCAUCUUGGCUUUGUAACGGAAGUUACUAGACCCGCCACGAUUGGGGUUGCUCCAGUAAAAAACAGCACUAUACAAAUAAAAGUA